AUGAUUGUCUCCGGACCAAUUGAGCCGCAGGAUGCAUGCGUCGUGCCGUCACACAAUAACAACAAAACUGCGGAGCAGUACAGACCAUUCAAUAAUGAGAUGCAAUAUUUCAUUAACAGCAUGAUCAAGAAAUUUCCAAGAACUUUCGAGUUUGUCAAAAUGAAGAAAGGCAAAGUUACGACCAACAUUCAUGAAUAUCACAUCUGCGUCGGAACCCGGAAAAUUGUUGCCGAAAUGAGAGUCACUGAGAUGUGUAUAUUGGAAUUCAGCGCUGUUGGAAGACCUUUCGUGAUACAAGUUAAUAAUGAGGAAGAUAUUUGGCACUACACUCUUCAAUUGUUCAUGUUUCUCCAAGGAAGAGUGAAGGCGAAUUAUGUCGAAAUGAGCUUGGACCGGACAGUGUUGAAGCGCGUUUGCCAACUUCUUGCUUAUGAGAAAGUGCGGAAUUGCAAUUUGCUGGCUAUGAAUUUUGUGGAAGGAAAUGUCAGCUACCAUCCGGCAGAACUUCUAUUCCUUCUCCAAAACUUACGAGGGCUGAGAACCUACGUUCAUGAACCAAACUUGCCACCCCCAGUUUUUACCGAAUCCGAAAUUCGAAAUGUGGCUUUGAUGACCGUUCCAGUAAACAUCACCUUGGCUGAUGUUCUCCUCGCCAACACUUCUUAUUUUGAAAUUGCACACUGUUUGGAAUUUGACACAAGUAUCUUGUGCAGAGUGGCUCAAUACUGGAUCAACACAACUACAGUACUGCCCUGGAAAGUUGUGAAAUGCCAUGACUCGUUCGAAUCAUAUGAGACAUUACCUGGACUUCCAUAUGAUGCGGGACGCCGUCCAACAAUUUACACCUACACAAAUCCAAACACCAAAGUUUAUGAACAGUUUGAUACACAACACGGCAAGGAUCUCAUGAGAAAAGACGGUUUGAUUGCUACUAUUUUUAAGCAUCAUCCAAACGAAUCAGUCUCCAUUGGAAUAUUCGUUGUUUGGAAUGUUGCCGAUAUAAUGGUCUACAGAACAUCGCUAUAA